AUGCGGGUGGGCGACGUGCUGUGCCUGCUCGCCGCUGACUACUGCUUCCGGCUCGAGAGACCAUCACGCGACCGUUCACACGAACGAUCACCCUUAAAGAGAGCUAAGGCGGACACGCAAGCAGCGGAGGGGGACGACGACCCAGUUGACCCGGCAAAGCGACGGCGACUCGAGCACGAGAGCAACACACAACAAGGAGAAGACGGCGGCGGCGAGAGGAAUGUGAAGCAGGACACGCACGACGGUGCAGCACGCACGGGACCUGGUGGGAGGGCCUCUCAUCGGCGCGCGGGCAGCGAGCUGGUGCCGCUCGAGUUUGAAUUCGGUGAGCACGGCGCCACGGUCAAGGUGCUCGACCUCACCCGGGAGUCGGACGACGAUGCCAGCCCAGUGCCAGUGCCGGCAAGGACCGCCUUGUCGAAGCGGGACCAAGACAAGGCGAUGGACGACGUGGCCGGCGUGCUUCCACACCUCCCACCCGACCAGAUUCGCAAGGUGCUGGCCAAGCUCGACUGGAAUGUAGAGGCGGCCAUCGACAAGCUGCUGAGCGUCGGGGAGUCUCCUGAAGGAGACGAACAGCCGGAGCUGGUCGUCGUCGACGACGACGAAGCAGAUCUGGCAGGCGAGCUCGUGCCUUCGAACUCGUUCGCCGAAGCCGAACCGUACUAUCAUCUCAACUGGCUUCCCAAAUUUCCUGCCGACGCGAACCAAGGAGCCCUCGGGAUCAGGCAGAUCAUUCCCGAAAAUGUGGAGCGUGCGGUGAUUGUGACGUACCAGGUGGACAUGGAUUGGCUCAUGCGUCGGUGUCCCGUGCUGCCCCAUCCACCGCCGCCCAACGUGCACUACCACAAGCCGUGGGUGCUGGAUUACGGAUGCCACCACGGCAAGAUGAUGCUUCUGUUUUGGAAAGCGAUCACCACCGCCAACCUCAUACAGAAGGACUACGAGAGAAAAACGCAGGGCAUUUGGUUGCAAGACUUCCCAAAGAAGAGAGGGGAUUUCGAGGACACGCUGGUGGACUACUUCGGCCACAUGGGCAACGAGCGACAGCUCCAGUUCCAGCCCUCCUCGCUACGACACUACGACUACUCCGCCGUACGCGUAGCCCUCGUCACCAGCGUGCCGGGCUAUCACUCGCGAGCAACGCUAAACCGGUACGGACACAUGCGCCUGCGCGGCCUAUUGUCCAGGGUCACCAUGCCGGCCGAGAUUGAGCGACGCUCGUCGGUGGCCUGUCAAUUCUCCUCGGUCGGCUCCCUCACUGCCAAGUGGGUCGAGGAGGAGUUCGGGCAGAGCCUCAUGGCCUCCGCCGGAUCGUCCGACAGCAAGAAGGAAGCGCAGGUGGAGCUUGUAUGGCCGACGGUGGACUACGUGCGAAGCUCGAUCGACGGCUACGCAGCCGGAGGUUCGCUGUGCUUUGGGGAGAGCAACAGGAAAGACUUUAUGACGCCUCUGUUUCGCCAGUACAAGGCCAUGCCAGAGAGUCGAGGCCGUGUAACGCCCCACAUCAAGGUGUGUCUGACCAGCGCCAACCUGUCCAAGGCCGCGUGGGGCGCUCUGCAGAAGGGCAACACGCAGCUGAUGAUCCGCAACUUCGAGAUCGGGGUCCUGUUCCUCCCCUCCCACUUCGACGACCGAACCUUCAUCGCAGGCUCCGCACCUGCCGCUCUGUCCAAAGACUCGGUGGUGAUUCCGCUGCCCUAUCGAAUAGAGCCGCUGGAGCGCUAUGGACCACGCGACGAGCCCUGGAUCUGGGACCUCCCCCGUCCUGAGCCCGACGCACUUGGCCAGACGCGAGGCGUGUGA